AUAUUUGAAGCUGAAGAUGGCAAUCACGCCUGUGCGUAUGAUAGCAUGGAAAUGCCGGAAAUAUGCGCGUAUUGUCGGGAGAUGGCAGGGAGCAUCAUGGGCCAGAGCGCGAGGCAACGGGCAAACACGUCAUUGACCGGCCUUUGGGAGCCCAACGCGCCUUGGAAUAAAUAUGUUAGCAGAGGAUCAUCAUUCGAAGGUUCCAUAUCAAUGAAAAGUCCCAAGGAAUCAUACCGGCGAGCAGCUUCAAUUGUCUCAUUUGUAGUCCUUCCCUUUCCUUUCUCUUCUCUGUUUAUCCUCGUGGCAGCGGCGGAGAGGCCGAUGAAAACGGCGAAAAUGGGGUCUGCGACCCGCGAUAUUAUGUAGGCUGGAGGCGACAUUAUAAGCUGCCUGAUUAUACGUCGGGAAUUGCGUAAAUGCAAAAUGAGGGAGCUCAAGGGGCCGAGAAAUACCUAUCACGUGACACGCUUAGUCACACAGGGCCCCACGUCGCUUGGCUGGAAAUUUCGGAUCGCAC